GCAGCCUACCAGGCUCCUCCAUCCAUGGGAUUGUCCAGGCAAGAGUACUGGAGUGGGUUGCCAUUGCCUUCUCCGAAUCUUCGCUGCAGACCCACUUUAUAGAUGAGGAAACUUAAGCUCUGAUCAUGGCAGGAACUGCCAAAGUAGGCAUUUAAAGCCAAGUAAUCUGACUCCAAGGCCAAGGUCCCAGCCAGUGCAGCUAUUUUUUGUAAUGCUUUGGGUGGGUCCUUUCCCGUCUUUGGGCCCGUUUGGCUAUGGGGGGGUUAGAUAAGACCUGUAAGGAUCGUACCAGUCCUCACCAGUGACUGGUUCUAACAUGGUCUUUUCCACUUGGCCACUGUGAGACUAUAACCUUGGGCCCCCUGCGGCAGUCAGGGUCAGGGCUGCUGAACCAGAAUAAGCCCAUUUUCCACAGAUUCCCAGACCUGUGUUCAGUGGGCUUUACAGUUCAUUCAAGGUACUCCCAAAGAGGGCCUUCCUGGGCCCUGAUGAUGAACUUUUGAAUAUGAGAGUAACACCAGCAUACGCAGGCAGGCCAGACAUGCUGCCCGUCCUGGCUUGUGGAGCAAACUGGUUCCCACCCCACCCUGCCCCUUGUCAGCUCAUCAGGGAACACUAUUUAAGGACUUCUUAUGCUAAGUUAUUUAUGCACAUUAGCUCUCUUAAACCUCACUACAUCUCAGAGAUAGCCACCAUAUUCCCCCAUGUUAAAGAUGAGGAAACUGAAGCUUAGAGAGGUGAAGUUACUUGCCCCAAAUUCCAUAGCUAAUGAAGGGUGUGAGACAUCAUACUGCCUACAACACCCACCAGGUGGCUUUUGUCUUAGAUCCCGCUCACCAUGCAGACUACACAAGCUACGGCCGGGCCUUUGUAGGCAGUCACUUUGAAGACUAUCAGACCGCAACUGCUGCCAGCAGGCCUUUUCAGUGGGGUAGUCACUACAGAGCCCACAGUCACCCAGGACUGUCAUUUGUUGCCCAGGCUGCAGCUCAGGUGUAAGGGGGUAAGACAUGCCAGGGAGAAGUGGGGCUCACCUUGGCUUAGAAGCAUCACGCCCCAGGGCAGCCAGCGACUCCCCAGUGCCAUCGGCAUAGCUUCCAGGUCCCUGGGCAGGACGUGCCUCCUGAGUCCCGGCCCUUAGGAAGCCCCCAGGAGGAUGUGUACAGUCCAUGCGCUGCCCUCCUAGACCAGGUGCCUUACAGCCAGGGGGCAGUUCCACUAUAAGCACUGUUUCCUUGAAAUGGUCGACAUUCCAUUUUUAUCUGGUUGCCAAGGGAACAGAACCAGAAGGGUAACCAGAUGUCAUAUUCUGCAGGAGGAGAGAGGAUUUGUUACCCUUUCACUUGUGCUGCCCUAGCCUCUGGGGUCAGAAUUGAAUUUCAUUUAAGAGAAACGACAACCAAGAAACCCAGCCUAAACUUUUGAAACUAUUUCACAAAGCCAAGCUUUCUAAUAGUGACCCAGUCAUCCAAAGAAGCUGAAGCGGUCUCUGGCAGGUGAGACCACACCACUGACCCCGACAGCGCAGCCACCCAUGGAGCAGGAAGGCAUAUGGGAAAGCGGGACUGAGCACAGAGACCUCCUGAAAGCAGCUUCCCAUGCCCACCCUCAUUGCCACGACAAGGAGAAAUGUUGACUCCGGUGCUGAGGAACAUGAGGAAAGGAAAACACAGGCCCUUCAGGAGAGAAGACUCCGGCCCCACUUAGUGCUGACUCCUUCGAGAACCUCUGUGCCCUGUCCCACUCCCCACCUGCCAGCCACAUCACAGCCUGCGUUCCUGGGCUCUGCUCUGUCUUGUCCAGGCCAUGAGUCCUGAGCAGAAGUGUCCGCACCACCCUCUUUGGUGUUCUGUGGAACAGCCUAAGGCCCUUCUCUGGGCUGGGGCCCUGGUGGGCCCGGUAGACACACUGUUUCUGCCCUCAUGCGCAAUGCCAUGGCCCCUUCUCAGAAGAGGCACAGGUCACUUGUCGCUCAUCUUUACAACCAAGGCUGAAAGUGUGGAAAUCGUUCUCUGCUUGAGGGACUCCAGACACACUAUCCUCCCCCUGUCACCCCUCUGCUUUUUGCAGUCUCCUUUAACUUAAGGGCCCAAGUCACCCCAUCCCACCAGGGAAGCUCCACAGCUGGAAACCUGCAGGCCAAGUGAGAGAAUUACGUAUUUGUACUUGGCCUGCAACAACCAAAGCCGCUGAGGAUGGUUCUGGGGGCCAGCAGCCAGUAGGUCCCAGGGUAUAGGCACCAGGCCCGAGAUACCUUUGGGCUGUGGGCCAACCCUGUCAGAGGGCGGGCAGGAAUGCACCAGCCACUGGUACACAAGGGAGGAGUCAAGGCAGACUGGAGUGUUCCUGGGGCCAAAGGGCGAAGGCUGCAUCUGUCUACACCCCACCCUACCCUGAGUCCCAGAGUUUGCUCUCCUGGCAUCCUGUCCUCUCCAGCAUAAGGCUGAGCUCAGUCCCCUCCCGCACCCCAACCCCUGCGCCUCAGCUGGGGUUCCUAGGCAGUUUGCUCAGACACCCAUGCUUUUGUGGUGUCAGGGAUCCCAGCCACGGGCGCCACCCAGUGGACACUCCAGAUAAUGUGAGAAGAGCCCUAUCUAUUGCCUCCCUCUGCCCCUCAUCUUUGGGCCCACCUCACAUUCUUAAAUUUAAAUUCAAGAAGUCUUUUACCUCCGGUGCCGAGGAGGGUUGUCCGUAAGGUCACAGACAUCCAGUAAGAGGACUGAAAAGAACUGCUUGUUCCACAACACUGAAUUCACGUCUUGCCACCACCUAGCUCUUACAAAGCCUGGGGUGCUGUAAAUAACCCAGUUACACUGCAGUGCAUUUCAGUAUUUAAAAUAUCAUUUUGCAAAUGUAUUUAGUGCUUACAAUGAAAGUUUUUAUCCCCCCGGCCAAAAAAAGAUGGAACUGAUGUUCAACUCACAUAAGGUUAACAGAGCCCAGGGAAAUAUGUAAUACAAUCAUUUAAAGAGAUUUCCAGUAAGAAUGGGGAAAGAUUUGGCACUGAAAUCCGUUUGGGAAAUUUCAUGCCAAACAGCUGGUUGAUAGUGAGGCACCUGGAGAAGGAUGUUACGUUCACGUUUGUUCUCUGGUACAUGUCUCAUCUGUCAGGGCACCUCUCCUGGCCCGCUGUCAGUCUCUGCCUAAUUCAACAUGGCUUAAGUUAACAGCCUAGAAUCAGCCACAGCCCCCCUUGUACGCUUUCUGUGAGAACAGCUCAUGAUGGCAGAGUCUAGAAAGGCCUGAAGAGGACAACCCCAGAGAGCUUAGAGCUGUUACCCCAUAAUUCUUGGCAUGGAUGCAGAGGCCAGGCAUGGAUGCAGAGGCCAGGCAGAACUGGCUGCAGGGUCCCUCCCCAGAGCCUCACAGUACCACCUCGCAGGGCCUGGGGCCUCUUCCUUGCCCCCACACCACAGUCACCUUGCUCAGGUUCCCCACCCAAGCUUCUGCCUCAGUCCCGCAGGGAAACACAAAUUCAUUCCCAUCUUCAGAACCGGCUGCUCAGAAGAGGAGGUCAACCUUUGCAUCUGCCCUUGGACACCACCCUCCGCCCCGCACCCCAUCGGGGCUUGCAGAAGCAGUGGGAAAGUGCUGCCUACAUCUGCAUAAUGAAAAGCACUGUCACAGCCCCACCCACCCAAGAACAGAUUUCUGCAUUAAUAAAGACUGUGUAUCACCCAAAUCUUGGUACCUGUCAAAGAGCAGGUGACAACCCUGUCCUUCAAGAGAUGGCAAUGCUUGACCUAUUUCUCAGGGCUCUUCAGGACAGGAACCAUCUCUGCAGCCCUGGAACCAACUGCAUUCAGAUCCCUGCUCAGGGAGCCUGGGAUUGGUAACUGAGGUGGGAGGUGAGGCCCAGUGUGGGCACGAGGGCCUGGAGAGACCUGGCAGAGGGAGGAAGUGUGUCUUUAGCCCCUGGAUUCUAGGAGCUGUCAGGAAGGAGCCCACCACCAAGCUGCACGGGACAUCUGUCUACAUGGGGGUGUGGCGUCAGGGAGAAGUGUUCCUGAUCCCCUUCAUGGCCUGCCUGCUGGAGGCAUUGUCAACUCUCCUGAGCUCACAGAGGUGGCUGCACAGGCCCCGCCCACUUCCCACGGGCCUGGCUCCCCCUCCUGAGCCAAGCCCCUAAGCGCCCUGGGGAGCUGCUGGCCAGGGGUCAGGGGUCUGUGGGAGCUGAGGGCUGGCACCUCCCACGCUCCCCCAGGAACCAUCAGGACAUGAGGGUCCUAGGCCUUCCUCUUCCCCCUAUUCCCGUUUGCCCUGAAUGUCCCCACUCCAGCAGUGGUGGGCCCCAGACCCUGACUUCCUUAAGGAUCCAAUCUGAAAAGAUGCAGGCCAGCCGUACCUGCCACAGAGACUGGAGGCUGGGUGUGUGUGGGUGAGUGGAGGGGCUGGUGUGUGCACAGCUCAGGAGCAGGGUCCCUGGCCUAGUGAGAGGUGGUGGAGGACAGACCCAAGGGCCCAGCUCUGACCCUUCCUCGCCUCUGCUCCCUGGACCCAAACCAGAGGAUUUGGUCUAGACAAGCCUCCUUAUAUGUAUAUAUGCAAACGUUGUUGUUCUGUGAGGGGCCACAGCUUCCAUCAGUAUACCCAAAGCAUAAGAGCCUCUCUCUAAACCCUCUGACCCAGCCUGACCCCUUCAGAGCCUCUGCUGGGCUCACACCAGCUUCAGAGUAGGCAAGAAGCCCAGGGGGUCCGUGACUAAUCCUCAGAGCCCUGGGUUAAUGCCCCAGCCUGGGGCUUCCUGAGGGAAGACGGGCCCACUGGGGCCAAUGACAGGAUAUGGGGGCCCUUCAGAGACCCGAGUUCUGCCUCUGCCCCUCUUUGGUCGUAUCCCCUCAGUCUUCCCUUCUGUUGAAAUGGAGCAGCAGGCGCACACGCUCUGUUGGCUGGCUCAGCUCUGACUCCCCUCUUCCCUGUCCUAGGCCUUGGGUGGGCGACAGGGCCCCUCCUGCUGGCCCUCUGCCCACCCUCUCUCUCUCUGGCCCUCCUCAGCCCCUCUCAAUCUCUGAACCUCCCCGGAGCCUCGGCCCCCCCGAGUCCCCUGGGAGGCCCCGGGCCAGGCUGAGAGCCCAGGGACCUGGGAGGAACAGCCAGCAGUGAGGAAUCCUAGAAGGCCCUCCAGAGGAGGCCCCUCCACCCCCGCCAUGGAGCCCCCAGGCAAGCAGCCCCUGCGGGAGCUUCCCCCAGAAGAGCCCCCGCCUGAGGACUCGGGUGCCGAGGCAGCUCCCAGCAGGCAUGUCCUCUACGUGGGCCACCUGAACCCCCAGUUCUCCGUGCCGGUCCUCACCUGCCUGCUGAGAGACGCCCUGGAGCGGCUCGAGCUGCCGGUGGCGCGAGAGCACAUCGAGGUCGUGCGGCGGCCACGCCAGGCCUACGCGCUGGUGCAGGUGGCCACCCCCAAGGACACCCUGGCCUCCCUGACCCGGCGCCUGCACACGGCCUGGGGGCAGCACCAGAUCAUCAAGGAACUGGUGGCCCGCGGGAAGGAGCCGGUGCUGGGUGACGGCCGGGAGCCUUCAAACCGCCGAGAGGUAAGCCAGGCUGCCCCCAGCAGGCGGCCCGAGGAGGACUGUGGCCCCAGCCGCGGCCCGGUCCUGGGCUCCAGCCCUCCGCGAGCCAGGCCGGCCCAACCCCUUCCUACCCGGGCACUGGGCCUGCAACGAGUCUCCCCCAGCUGGCCCAGCGGCACGCGCUCAGACAGCGCCAUCACGCACCAGGGCAUCCUGGGCCAGGAGCGCCUGUUCCAGGGCGCCUUCCUGGGCAACGAGACACGCAACCUGGAGUUCAAGCGCGGCGGCGGCGAGUACCUGAGCCAGGCCUUCAAGCACCAUCUGCGGCGCUACGUGUGCGCCUUCCUCAACAGCGAGGGCGGCAGCCUGCUGGUGGGCGUGGAGGACAGCGGCCUGGUGCAGGGCAUCCGCUGCAGCCACCGCGACGAGGACCGCGUGCGCCUGCUGGUGGACUCCGUCCUGCAGGGCUUCCAGCCCCAGGUCUUCCCCGACGCCUACAAGCUCACCUUCAUCCCGGUGGUCAGCACCUCCACCACGGGCACCCCCCUCAAGGUGAUCCGCCUGAGCGUGCAGGCCCCCAAGGCCCAAGCUGAGCCGCAACUCUACGAGACCGACCAGGGGGAGGUGUUCCUGCGGCGGGACGGGAGCAUCCAGGGCCCGCUGUCCGUCCGCGCCAUCCAGGAGUGGUGCAGGCAGAAGUGGAUGGCCGAGCUGAGCAAGCUGGAGGACAGGCUGCAGGUGCUGACGGCCGAGAAGGAACAGCUCCAGCAGCAACUGCAGCAGCAGCAGCACCGGCCCAUCUCCUGUACCUGCUGCGUCUUGUGAGGGCCCAGCACCCCACCUGGAACAUGCAGGGCUUUCCUGCUUGACCCCAGGUCCCCCCAAUAAAACCAGUCUGGGCUGCUCAGAGGUGGACGGGAACACUGCACUUCCUGGCUCCUACGACACCGUGCACACAGGCUGGUCCCCACGUGGUGUCAGUCCUGAGCAGACCCUGGGCUGUGUAGCUAAGAAACUGCUCUUAGAAUGAGCCCUCCCCCCAAAUCCCACCCCAAGGGGCCUUACUUUCAGAAAGAACUGGGCCAGUGCACUCCCUGGGCUGGGCUGGCAGGGACUGUCCUUCUCCCUGAAAGGCUCAGGUAGCCCUGGCUGGGGUCUCUGAACUCCCAAUGGCUAGGCAGUGCCAGAAAAGGAUUUGUCUUGGGAAAGCCCCUCUGCAGAUGGAGGCACAUGGCUAACUGCAGUUACAGAGCCGUCAGACCAUCCUGCAGCCCCUCCCCUGGCUUGCUGGAAUUUGGGACUAAAAGCUCUUUAAUUACAUGCACCCAGGCCAGAAUGAUUCUUUCUAGAACAUUUGGCUGGUUGGCUGCAACUUGGCCAUGAGUCCCAUGCCCAGCCCACCUCUGUCCAAGAGACUGAGCCAGCCCUGGGCUCCUCCCCACACAGAGCUGUGAGGAAAGGAGCCUGGAUGGUUGGGGUCCAGUCCAUCUCAGCUUGAAGACCGGGUGCUGUGCUUAGUCAUGUCCAACUCUGCGGCCCCAUGGACUGUAGCGCUCC